AUGGAUGACCCAGAUAGGGGAGAAAUACACCAUUCAUAUCCGUGUAUAACAUCGGAUACUGCGCUUGCUUAUGCAGCAAUGACAAGGAGCUUCAUGCUUCCGGUUGUAACAGCCAUACAUCGGUCUGACAGAGAAGGAGAUACAGUGUCAACGUGUCAGUAUGGUGAUCCUGGCGUAUGGCUUCUAUUCGAAAUGAAGCCAGAAUGCAGGGAGAAAUGUGGGACAAACGUUGGCUCACAGCAUCAAGGGCAAACAAAUGGAUGGACUGGAAGAUUAGGACACGCUUCAAGGGAUCGAGAGGAGUCGAAGGGAAGAAGCGUUCUCGCCGCGAACCUCUCAGAGAUGCGAGUCAUUUCACCUCCUAGCCUAAUACUCCAUACCGCCGCCGACCGAUUCGCCUUGGAGCGAACCACCCAGGACCCACCCAGCUCAUGCACCGGACCGUACGGACUUGUGGGCGAGUCGUACGUAUGUCCCGGAGCACACUUGACGGAGAGUUUGAACUCUGUUGAGGUUUGUGGAAGCAGUCCGAAACUCCCGAAUCCACAUUCACACCCAUUAUCAAUCAUCACCCAUGGGUGUCGGAGGGAAAAAAAUAAUACUAGUAAUGGUCAUUAUAUAAAGAAAAUAAAGAAAUUAUAA